AUGUUCGACUACGCUAACUUCCACGAUGUAUUCCCUGAGGGGAUUGCAAAUCCCUACGACCGCGAUACCCAACGGGAGACCGAGGCUUCUCGCAAAAACUUUGAUAGCGCUCUCUUUAUUGACCGUGUUUUGAGGGCAGUUGGUAUCACAAAAGCCAAGAUGUAUCCUCCCAAGACCGACAAUGCCUUGAAGCAGUUGCACCAGCAGGUUUGCGAAGCCGGCAUGUCGACCCAUCACAAGUUUUCCAUCUUCUACUACAUUCUCCUCGAUUUCGACCGAACAUCAGGUCGCGAUAACGUUUCGGACGCAUUUGUGGAUGCAUCUGGUAUGCCUAAGAAGUACCAGAUCUUCAUCAAGGGCCUGUGGUAUCUGGACCACCAGGAUUUCUCACGCGCGUUGGAGUACAUCUGCCACCCCUCUCUUAUCCCCGACUUUGCCGACGACAUUAUCACUGUGCUUGUGCGCUCUGCGUCGGACCAUGAUUACAGCAUUGCGUUGUCAUACUUCCACGCCGUGCAGCCCAUUCUCAAAACUUCUGCAGCCCUUGGGCUCCUUUUCGAUGCGAUGGCGCACACGAACAUCUCAGAAGCUCUUUUCUACUCCCGAACAUACCCUCCUCAUACUCGUGAGCUGCUCUUCAACCGAUUAAUUGCUGCGGUUUUGGAUGGCGGAAGUGAAGACUAUUCAGAGCGAGCUACACAACUCGCCUUCUUGCCCUUUGACAAAUCUGAGGAGAAGUGGUUCGAAGAGUACCUACUAAACGGCAAUGGAAAGAACCACAAGAAGGCCAAGGAUACUCUUGUCAUCCGCAAGAUUGCUUGCGACCAGUUCGCGGAAGUGUCGAAGAUUCGACAUGGUGGUCAGUGGGCAGGAAUUCUUGAAGGAAUCAAGGGUGGAAUCAGUGGACACUCGGAAUAG